UGAAUCCAUGAUAGUGAACUAACAAUGGGAGGAAGAUACGGUGUCAGAUGGAAAGGAAGUAGCUGUGAUAGAAACUUGUGAUUUUUGCAAGUCGUUUGGAUAAAAUUAUAGUUAAAAAUGAAAAGCAUAAAAGGUAUAGUUUGUAAUUUUUUGAAUAGACUUAGCUUACUUGAAAUAGAUGUAUAUUCUCUUCAGAAUCUUCUGAUAUGGGAGAGGCCUUAUGUAAGCGCUGUUGCUUUGAUUGCAAUUAAUUGUCUUUUUUGGGUAAUGGUAUUUUGCUGCAGACAUUUUUAUACUUUUGUUGCUGUGGUUGGUCUUUUCAUAUUUCUUUACAAUUCAUGGGUACAGUUUGUUCGGCCUAAAAUCAGAGUGAACAGUCAACUGUCUGAAAGUCAAGGUCAGAAAGAAUAUUCUGAGAAAGAGGUACCAGGGUGUAGCUUGUACUUCAGAGAAUGGCAGAUAACUAUGGAGAGAUUGGUCCAUGAUUACUGGCGGCUGCGAGAAGUAAAUCAUGGUUUAUUUUGUGUCAUCACUUGUUUUGGUAUGAUAGUAUUAUCAGUUAUUGGUAAUUUUGUGCCUGAUGUCAUCACUGUCUAUACUCUAGUAAUGAUCAUGUCCCUUGGACCAGGCCUUUUAUUGUAUGUUGUACCUGCAUCUUGGCAUGGCAAAAUGAAAGAACUAGUUGAAAUUUGCUCUGCUCAGGAAAAAAAGAAAAUUCCAGAGGAAUGUUUGACUGGUGAAAACACAGAUAAUGAAAGUGAGUUAGAUGAAUUCUUGCCACCAGCGUCAACAGAAUCCAUUGCUGCUGAUCUUAGCCUUAGUGAAGAUAAGAGUAAUAACAAGUAUGUUUCCAAUUCAAGAUCAACAUCUUCACUAACACAGCCUGAUCCAGAAGAACUUCAGACUAUUGUUCAGGAACUUGGGAUAGAAACUGUUGCUAAUGAAGAUGAUGAUUCAUCAUUGAUUCAAGGUUUAGGAAAUUUCCCAGAUGUUCAUGAUGAAAGUGAAGAUGACAUUGAAGCACAUUUGCCAGUUACUACUCAGUUGGAGCAAGCACAAUUACCACAACAGGAAGAAAUAAGAGAAGCACAGCAUCAAACUACCACUGAAAAAGAAGAAAGUUUAUCCUCUGAAAGUGAAGAAGAAGUCUUUCUGAAAGGUCUUUCAUUCUCUGAAUUAGAGACAACAGAUUCCUCCCAGAGACCUUUAGCAGUUACUCAGCGACCUCUUCUUAUGGACCCUGGCCUAGAUAUAAUUGGCCAGUUACAAAAAUCUGUAGAAGAAGAAAUAGCUUCUCAUUUGGGUAUGUUCACAGGGUCACAUCCAAGAAUUUCAAGAAGUGAAAACAGAGAUCCAGAAAUCUCAGACGAGACUAGUGGAAAUGAUGUCAGUGACUAUGAAAUGAUCUCCGAAAAAGCAGAUGCCAACUCCUGAUAGAUUUUCAAUGUGUUUUGCAGUCAGUUAAGAAGUUAAAGGCAUACUGUCAUUUUUUUUAAGAAUCAUAUGGAUUACAUGAAAUAUCAAAUAUAAUACAAAAUGCUAUUAUUAUUAUUGUCUUCCACAGUAAAUAUUGGUCAAUGCCUGUUAAGUAAAAAUAUUCCAUGGAAAGAAAAUAUAAACUCCAAUACAGUACCUUACUUCCUCUCACAUAGCUUUUAUCAUUUGGUGCUGCCCUCUAUAUGCAAGAUUUUUUUCAUGCUACUAGCCUUGAAACAAUUUACAGAAAAUUCAUCGAAAAACAUUUCCUCGAAAACAAUUCUUCAAAAAACAGUUCUUCAAAAUAACAGUUAAUCUAAUGUCCAAUUUUCAGGUCAAUUUUUAAUUAUUAAUUAAUGUAUAAAAUAUUAUUAAAAUGCAUAUGACUUACCUUUCGAUGAACUUUCAAAGUGAAAUGGACUGUUAUUAUUGAGUACAUAAAGAAAGAUAUUUAAUCAGAAUGAAGAAUAUUAUUACAUCAUGAUAUUACAAUGGGCAAUUUUAUCAGGCCAUUAAAAAUAUUCAAAAAACACCAAUAUUAUUUAUUUCUUUUAACCAUGUAAUAACUAAUAUUUUAUGUUAUGUGCAAUACCAUACAAGUAAUCAUUCAUAUUAUUUGUUGUUUGGAACGUAUUGACAAGUUUUUUAUUCUCUCUGCAUUGUCACAGUAUUUUUUCUGACUAAUAGAAGGUUCCUGACCACUCAAAAGUUUCUCAAUAUUUUGCUUGUUUAGAUUUUGUUCCCUCUUUAUCACAGAAAUGAACUUCCAUAUAUUUGGAUGAUUUGCAGAAACAUGUUGCAAAAAGUCAUGGUGCCUUCCUUUUUUAGAAUUGUUAGUUUUUGGCAAGUCCUGUUUCCUGCCUUCGUAGCAGUUCCACAUCUCAAGCUUAAAUACAGGAGGUUGGUGGUGUCUUGGAUCGGGACAUCCAAUCCAAUUAUUCUCAAUAUAAUCAACCACGGGUUGAUCUUUGGGUGGAAAAAUGUUUUCAUCAAUAAGAAAGUUGAACAUCUCUGCAACGUGGUCUGUAGGAAUAAAUGCUUGUGCAGAGAUCAUGCAAAUCUUUAAAAUGAAGUCUGCAUCUGUGUCAUAUCUUUGUCUGAGGCCAUUUUUGAAGAAAUUACCGCAUACGGUUUUGAAGAAUUGUUAUUUCAAAUAAAUGUUUUUUGAAAAAUUGUGUUUUUGAGGAAUUUAAUGCUUAUGCCUUGAAACUUCCACCUACCCCAUGAUGAAUGUAGUUCACUGCAUCUUCGCAUCUAACUUAUCAUGCAACAACCCUCCACCAGUAGAAGUGCGAUACACACUCCUGAUGCAUGUUACUCCCUCUUUGAUUCCACCUAACCAUCAGGGGCAGCCUGCUUUUCUAAAUAGGGAUUUUGUGGUCAACCAUUACCCUGUCUCCUGUGUUGGCAUUCCUCUGGAAUUCCCAUUGUGCCCCCCCCCCUCUUCUAGUGGAUUAUGGGAGUCCUUGCUCCUGAAUGGGCUCAAUUCCAUUCAGUAGAGAGUGGGUGUAUAUUAUAAAGUAUAAUAAAGUGUAUAAUCUUAUAAUAAAAGAGAUAGAGUAGAUCUGCCACAUUGCAGUUCAUCCUUGUGGUGGGGAUCCCUUGUCCUACCAUUAACUGGAUGUCAGUUUCAAGUGAGUGGCUUUGGAUUAGAGCAGGACCAAUCAACAUAAGUCCUCAUACAUGUUGGUUGUAACUUCUCAUUGUACCCCAGUCGAGGAAUUUUGCCUUGUGUACUCACUUCCAUGUGGAGGGUCCCAGAAGAUGAUGUUGCGCAGAGUGGAACCAGUCAAAUUGGUUAUUGGAUUUAAAGUGAACUUCCACAAUGGCAUGUCUCUUCUUAUAGUCGUUCAGAUGUUGGGUUCCCAGAUAGCUGCCGUUGUUUGUGAAUUUGUGCAUAUUUGCCCUAUUUAGUUGACUGAUAAGGAAUUUUCUCCUUCUUUCUACUCAACUUGAGGUGUAGAUGGUGUGGACCCUCCUCCUACUACAGGUUGGAUGAUGUAUACCUGAUGCUGCCUGGGUUUUUGACUGGAGAUGACAUACUGAGUAUGGUUCUGUUAUACCCUAGCUAUUUUACACCAAGGGGCACAUCCGUUUUAGCUUUCCCCACCAUCUGGUCUAUGGCUGGGAAUCCUACAUUAUUUCAUCUCCUGGACUAUGAUUUUGGUGGAAUGUGGGGUUGGGCUACCCAAGAUUUUUUUCUCUCACUUAUUGGAUGUUCUUUUCACAAUUUCCACUCAUUUAUGUGAUACUUACUACCACACUGGGAGAGGAGUAUACCUAGUUCAGAAGAGGUGUGGUCUCCCACAUGUGUUUCUUUCCUAACGGGGUUCACACUCCAUGGGUGUUCUUUGGAUGCUUUCGAAGGAUGCAUAUCUUUAUCCCUCCACCUUUUCAACGUGGGAUUCUAGCUAUUAUGUGAGAGGAGGUAAGGAACAUAUCAGAAAUUAUUAUUUUUCUACACAGAAAAUAUAUUUCCAAUAGGUACUUACUUUUUGCCUAAUCUCGAAGUGAUAAUUAGGUGGAAUUGAAUAGAAUGAAUAUUGUGCAUCAGGAGGGUAUGUCCUACUCCUAUUGGUGAAGGGUUGUCGCUUAGUAAUUUACACACAAAGAUACAGUGAACCACAUUAUUUGUGGGGUAGGUGAGAGUUUCAAGGCUAGUGGCAUACAAGCAUGCAAAAAUGUUUUUGGAUAUAGAGGGCAGCAUUGAAUGAGAGAAGCUAUUAUUGAGAGGAGGUAAGUAUGUAUCAGAAAUAUAUUUUCAGUGUAGAAAAAUAAUUUCUAUCAUAAUACUUUAGAGAUUUUGAACUCUUUUAGAGUAUUGUUUCUUUAUUCACUUUUUGAAGUGGCAUCUUCUGUUUAUUUAAAUUUAUCUGUUUUAUAUGUAAAUUUUUUAUUUUUGAUGUUUGCUUAAAAUUUUAUUCUUUACCAUUUCAGCUGAAAGUUUAGAUUUAAAUAUGUUUAUUUGAAUUGGGAAAAGUUUUAAAUGGUUGUACAUUUAAAAUAAAGUACUAGAUUAGAAGAAAUAAUUUCUCCAUGUGAUUUUGUAUAACAGGCAUGGGCCAUCAUAUUGCAUAGAUAUCCGAUGUUUUACAGGAUUAGAAGUUAUUGAAGCAUUUCUUUUUAUUAAUGGAAGUUGAUGUUGAUUUUUUUCUUCUUUUCUUUGGACAUAUCUGAUCACCAUAUUUACAAGAAAAUUCAGAAAGUUGAGCUAGUAGUUUUGGAAAUGUUAUAUCUACAUUCCUUGUGUAAAAACUAGCAAUUGAUUUUGUUGUAUUUCUUCUGACAUUUUUGCAAAAGGAUUUCAAAAUUAAAUGGAACAAAAUACAAAUAUAUAUGUACACGAAUCAAUGUUUUCUCUAUUUUAAAAACAUUCAAAAAAUUAUAGUGUGCCUUUAAUAUGUGAUUAGUAUGAAUGUUCUUGUGAUAUUUCCCAUCUUGUCCUGAAAUACUCUUGUUUAAACUUUUUUUUUUAACUUGAGCUUUGCAGCAUUAGGUAUUACAUUUGAAAUAAAUUCUUUUGUGUGUGUGUGAACUUGUAGGUAAAAAAGCAUCUGAGUGUUCAGCAGGUAAUAUUCUUUUUAUCAUACGGUGUUUGAAUUACAUACAGUUUAGACAAGGCUUGAUCCAGGAAACCUUUCAAACUCUACUGAUCCUUAAAUUUGACUCGUAAAGUUUUGUCAAUAUAAUGGUAAAUAAUAAUAUAAUCUUUGAGAAAUAUUUUUUCAUCAUUUUUGUUUUUUAAAGGAAAAAAAACGUUUUUGGAGUGCUCAAUGAUUUCUGCAUCAAAAUAAUAUUAUUUUAAAAUCGAAAGAAAAUAUUUAAUUACUGUUUUCAGAUGUUUUAAGAGGUAAUGCUAACAUUCCUAUAUUUAGCUGUCCAGUGUUUCUAGAUCGAACCUGGUUCAGGCCUAAUAAUCCUGUAAAUGUUUGGAGUGGAGUGUAAAACAAAUUGUUGAAAUAUAUUUGUUAUUGCUGUAGGAUAACUGAUUUAAAUGUAACAUGGUACAUUGAUAAUAGAUAUGACAGUUUAUAAUUUUGUGCACUGUUUUUUAAUAGUUUCUCACCUUCCGAAAAGAACAUUUCCCACAUAGUGGAAAACUUAAACUGACUUAUAAUUUUUCAAUGGACACUAUUUUAUAAUAAUGGUUAACAUAUAUUUUAUUAUGAUAAAAAUUUAUAAUGCAGCAUAAUUGUAUGAAUUAGUUUUGUAAAGAAUGUGAUAUUAUGCUACUGUACGUACUUGAACAGUUCUAUUUAUAGGCAGCUGAUUCAACAGUGAAUAUUAGCUCAUCAUCACAUCACCUAGAAAGUUCCCUUAAAAUUGUUUGUAAUAAUAAGGAUACUUGCUGUUUUAUUUGAUAUAUAUACUUGUCAUACCAGGCUCAGAAGAUCCAUGUUGUUAAAGAUAUGGUAAGAAAAACAUUAGUACAUAAUAUCAUGACAGCUGUCUACAAGAAGGAAGUGGUUCUCUUGUGUUUGGUAUUGUACUGGAUUAUCAAGAUCCUUGAGUAUUAGUAAGUGAUUGUAAGGAAAUAUUAGAAAUAUAGCUAUCAUAAAAAAUUCCAUCAUGUGGUAUUAUACCAGGUUGUAAUGAUUCAUGUUGGUUAGUGUUUAGGAUAGGGUAAGGGAAAACCUGCAAAUUAUUUAUAUUAAAGUUAUCUACAAAAAUAAAAAAAAACCCAUCAGAGUUGUAGUUUGUGUAUUUCUGUACAAGGCUAACAAAAUCCACGAUGUUAGUACAUGUUGAUAUGUAUAUUUGAUAAAGAAGAAAUACUAAAUGUUAUUUAUGAACAAAAACUAGCAGCAGUUAUUUAGAGGAAGAAGAACGUUGAAGAAAUUGUUGAAGGCAUUGGAUAGAUCUUGCUUUAAUGUUUCCCAUUCCAGUAAAAGUAAGAUACCUAAUUCUGUUGUUUGAUCAGAAAAUGUUUUUUCGCACCUGACAGGUUAUUUCAAAAUUGUUAAAUUUCUCUAUAGGUAGAAUUUGUUGAGGUUUUAUUGACUAGUUUGAACAAUAUUAAACUUCCAGAAGGUUUUAAUUAAGUUUUCAAUGUUAAUAUGUAGAGUCAAGGUUAUUCUGUGAGGAAUUAGGCUCACCGAGACCUAUUUUAUGUGUUUUGAGUAAUGUAGUUUUUGUUGUCUAUUUUUUAAAAUAAUCUUUAUGGGUUAGUUUCAUUAAGAAUCAUUGUUGGAGUAUAGAUUGCAUAUGAAGACCAUUGUUAAAGUUAUGCUACUAAAUUUCACAAAUCUUUAGGAAGGUUUAAAACUUAUGAAUAGAUUUCCUUCACAUCUCACAACUUGGGUAAUAUCUUUACAGAACCAUAGGAUAAUAUAAAUAAGCUCUUGCUUAGUAAUAUAGCCACUGGGUUGUAUAAAAUUUUGGCUUGCUAUUUUUCAAGUUUUUUUAGAAGACUUUCCUUAGAUGAAUACUGUUCAAACAACUUGGUAUGUGAAUUUUAUGGCAUCAAAUGAAUCUAGAACAACUUGUGCUAUUCUUCUGGGCAGUUGCAUGGUUUUGAAAUAUUUUUAAAAGACUUGGAAAAGUUACGUUUUAACCAAACGUAGAUGGUAGUAUGUGUAGACAGAAUUUAAUUGGUUGAAUUUCUUUCUAACCGACUAUUUAGGUAUGUGUAGGCAGAAUUUCAUUGGUUGAAUUUCGUUCUAAUUUACCAUGUACGUAUGUGUAGACAAAAUUUCAAUGGUUGAAUUUUGUUCUAAUCUUUCCCUGUAGGUAUAUGUAGACAGAAUUUCAUUGGUUGAAUUUUGUUCUAACUGACCAUAUAGGUAUGUGUAGACAGAUGGGGUCAUAGGGAAAUAUUUAAAAACCAACUUGUUAUUGUUUUAUUACAAAAGUGGAGCAGAAGGCUUCACAAAUUAAAUAGAAAGUUGUGUUGUGGAUUUGUGAUAUAUUUGUAGCUAGUGUUUUCAAUAAGCUUUCUGUUUAUCAAGCUUUUUAAAUUAACUAGAAACUUAGUUAUAAAUGCUUCAGUUUUUCUGGCAUUAUUAAAGAUAUACUCUAUUUGUAUUUUUAACUGGAAAUUUUAGGAAUCACUAAUGCUGAUAUUAAAAAAAAAGGUUGUUUGAGUGAUUAUAACGUUUUGCUUUAUGCUGUGGUUAUUCUUAUUUAUUAUGUAUUAUUAAUCUUGUUUUGUGGAAAGGGAACGUUUUUAUUGCUAAAACGAGUCAUAAUAAAUAUUUGUUAUUAACUA